UCUUUUCUUUCACUUCCUCCCUACGUCUCUAUCUUCUCAAUUUCUCUCCACCAUCCAAUUUCGCCGCCCGUCGUGUAUCAAGCCACAUGAUUUUGCCGAAGGCGUCCAGCAGCAACACCGUAUGCAAGUAGCUUAUCUGUACUCACCGAUACAUCCCUGCCGUUUCUUCUCCUCUUUCACACAUAAUCUUUUGAUCAACCAGUAUCAUUCAUCUAUAGCUCCUUUCGUCAAUUCCAUUACCCACGAAGAUAUGGAUAUGGCACUCCAUCUAGAUUUUUCAUCUUUAUGAGGAGAAGCUCACUAAUAAAACCAGAGCAUCAUUGAUUCAAUUUUAUACUUCUGCUAGAGAGUGGUAGUUAAGAGUCCUAACAAUGUUUAGAAAAAUCCAUUGAUGGCGGAGUUUCUACAGUAUAUGUCAUCGAUCGCGUCGACAAAAUCCCAGCGGCAACACUCACACGGAUCUUUUCACACGGAGCUUAAACGGUAUAUAUAUGUGAAUUUGAUAAGUCGUUCCUUUUGUAAUGAAGAAAGUUGCUCAAAAACUCGACAUUCAGAUAUACAAUGCUGGUGGUAGGAAUUACCGUCUACCGCCCCGUAACCUUAAAUGCCUUACGUUGAGUAAAAAAUGUAAAACAAAAUUGCAUCUUUUACUUCUUUUUACAGAAAUUCCCACAUGUGUUUUUAGUAUUGAAUUUACCUUCAUUAGUCAUUUUGAGUAGUUCACCAUUUCUUUUGUUUUCUGCCUUACAUCAUAUUAAAGUUUUAUCAACAUUCUUAUCACUUUUUUAUUUUUAUUUUUCGGUAUCAUCUCCUUUUCUCUGUGUUCUCCUUUGCAUCAUAUUAAAGUUUUAUCACCAAUUCACAUAUUGUUUUUUACUAUCUAUUGUGCUUCAAAUUAUCAUCAUAGUAUAAAAAAUCCAUCUUCUUAUCUACAACAUUUUUACAUACAACAUUUUUUACCUAGAACAUUUUUAUCAUAUAAUUUUGAAAUUCUGUUUCAAAGUAUCAUAUUUACAUGCUUCACCUCUUUUAUUUUGUCAAGUUUAAGAGUGUUAAAAUGGUAAGUAUAUUGUACAAUAAAAGAAACAUUUUUUUGUUAAAUAAAUACUUUAAAAAUGGUAAGUAUGCUCUACCUUAUACAAAACGUUUAUUUAAAUAAAAUAAAAACUUAAGAAUAGCAAGUAUAUUCACCAUAUAAUAAUCCGGGACUCAGAACCUAGAAGGAAACACUUUUGUAAGGGAACGUGCAAUCCUAUAUAUACAUGGGAUAAAUCUACCUUCUAUUUUUAGACUCAUAUAAUAAAUCUGUUUAGUUAAUAAAAGCCUUAUUUCAUUUUUAUAUUUAUUAAGAGUCCCAACUAUAUGAAUGGUAAGAAUCUACCUUCUAUUUUAGACUCAUAUCAUAUAAUAAAUCUGUUUAGUUAAUAAAGCCUUAUUUCGUUUCGAUAUUUAUUAAGAGUUCCAGCUGCAUGAAUGGUAAGAAUCUUAUAAUAUUAUUAUAUACAUACAUAUAUAAAAUCGUGCACUUAAUUACAUGUAUCAUUAAUAACCCUAACUAUAUAAGGAAAUGUGCAUCUUCUAAAUUACAGAAUGAAUCAUUGAGAUUCAUAUUUAAGGGUCCAGAUAUAGUUACACACCAGCACCAAACGACCUUCUAUUAUAUAUACACGCACAUACCAUAAACUUAGAAAGGACUCGAGCAUCUUAGUGUUUGAAGGCAGAGGUUUCAACAGGUAUGUCAUUUAACCUUUUAUAGUUCAAUCAUCUUUCACCAUUAAAUACUUUUAUAGUUCAAUCAUCUUUCACCAUUAAAUCAAUGACCUUCAUUCUGAUAAAAUCCUUCGUGAACUUACAUCAUAUGAUACAUUUGUUUAGUUGUUAAUAAUAAUUAUUAUAAUAGUUAACGUGCCCGUAUGUAUGUAUUCACAAUAACUUUUAUUCACUUUUAUGUGUACACUUAGUGGCAUUCUAACAUCAAUUUGGAAUAAGUGACAAAAUAUACCAUUACUUUAACAUUUAUUCAGUUUUGCCGAAGGAAUAUAUUAACAUUUAUUCAGUUUUGAACUUUCCAUUGGUUCCAAACUAAAACUUUUGUUAUUACGUUUUUUCUUCUCUUAUUGGGCCAUGAUGAUUUUAAAACAUACUAAUGGCACAGUGAACUCUUGAGUUUGAAAUGCACUGCAAUUUUUUCUUUCUCGAUGCAUAUCAAGUAUUUUGUAACCUGUUUGCUUGCCUUUCACUUCAAUUAUUCCAUCAUUUAUGUAUGCUGUAAAAUUUGUGUUGUAAAAAGUGUAACAUUUGAAUUACUUUCAUGUUGCUGCAGAACAGCUCAGAGGAAAAGACAUAUUUCAGUUCAGAUUCAGCGUGUUCCUCAACCUCAUACAAUGAGCUCCUUCAGGAAAUUCAUUCUCCCGAAUUCCUUAACGGCAUAAAAUGUUCUGGUGUUCCAAGUCACGAGUUGAAGCUAAAAGUUGGUGUACCGGUGAUGCUCAUGAGGAAUAUAGAUCAUUCGGCCGGCUUGUGUAAUGGUACCCGACUUUUAGUGACAAAACUUGGUGAACAUAUUAUUGAGGCACAGAUGAUGUAUGGAACUAAUGCAGGUGAGAAAUUCCUUAUCCCAAGGAUUAGUCUAACCUCGACAGAUGUGACGCUACCUUUCACAUUCAUGCGUAGGGGUGGACCGGUUCCCGUUCGGGCCUGGGCCCGGCCGCGCCUCGGUUCAUGAAAGGGGAGGCCCGGAACCGGCCCGGGUAACCCCGGGUCCGGUCCAGGCCGAGUCGGGCCUCAAUUCUAUAGUUUUUUUUGGCUUUUCCUAAUUAACUCCCAACCCUCCCCUCUCACCCCAAACCACCCCAAACCACCUCAAAUGGCCCAUCAUACCCAGCCCAACCCAAAAACUUAAAAAAAUUAAAAAAAAACAAAAAAAAAAUUUGGCCCGGACCGGGCCCGAACCGGCCGGGCCGGUUCACGAAUUAGGAGGCCCGGGACCGGCCCGCCUACCUCACCGGGCCGGGUGGCCCGAACCGGGCACCAACCGGUUCACCGGGCCCGCACAGUAGUGGGCCGGUCCGGUUCCGGGCCAGUUGGCCUGGCCCGAGUCCACUCCUAUAGGCAAUUUCCUUGAUGGUUAGGGGUUAGCUAUGUAAUGACGAUGAACAAGAGCCAAGGACAAUCGUUAGAGAAUGUGGGCGUUUUUCUACGACGUCCAGUUUUUACACAUGGGUAGUUAUAUGUUGCAGUUUUGAAGGUGAUGAGUUUGUCUGGAUUGAAGUUCGUGAUAUGCGACGAUGAGAGAAAUCGAAAAAAGACCGCAAAAAAUGUUGUCUACAAAGAAGGGUUCAAUAAUUUGCAAAAUUGUAUGCUUAUUAAACUCCAAAUAUUUUUUUUAUUAUGUAUUUAGUAGUGGUUACUCUCAUUCCCGAGAUGAAUUAUAAUAUAAUCUUUAAUAUGAUUUAGAGGUAAAAUGAUUUUUUUAUAUUUAUAAUAUUUGUAUCUUACACCCCGUGCAACGCACGGGUGGAAUACUAGUAUUCACGUAAAA